AUGUUGUUGCCCAUCGUCGUCUUCCAGCUCCUUGCCGCGAGCAGCGUGUCUGCCAUCGUGGUGAGCUUCAAGUUGCAAUCGCCUUUUGCGUGGUUGGGAUUGGAGGAGCCGCCGCAUCACCUGCCGCCUUUCCCAUUCCCUCACCCAAAGCCUCCCCGCCCACCGACUCACACCGUAUACGAUCUCAUUCACAGCGAUGACAGGUUCACGAAGCUCAACAAAGCAUUUGAGUUUGUGGGGGACGACAUUAUUUCCAUCCUAAACGACACCAAUCGACAACUCACCUACUUUGCCGUCCCCGACUCGGCUCUGGUGCCUCCCCACAAGAAACACCCUGACCACGACCAUGACAAAAAGAAGAAAAAGAAACACAAGCACAAGCACAAACACCUCGAAGGCACCAACAGCCUCCUUGACCUCGCCCUGUCCGCUGACACCAAUGUCAUCGACGAGAGCAUCAAAGCCCUUCUCUUGGACAACUCGGUCAGCCUCGUCGACGCUCUGGAAUUGAUCGACGAAAUCGAAGCCGUCGAUUGCGUCAUGGAUGACGACACUUUGAUCAACGUCGAGGAACCUCGCGGGGACGACGGAGACGACGACGACGACGAUGAUGAUGACAAGAAAGAGCGUCGCAAGCGCAUUUUCCGACACAUUGUCAAAGCCAUCCUCAACUAUCACAUCCUCCCGCUCGGCGCCUACGAUAUCGACACCCUCGUUCACAACACCACCUACCCCACCAACUUCCAUGUUCCCAAGUUGUUUGGAGGUCACGGCCAGCGGGUGACAGUUUCGCAGCAUGUCAAGGAAAAGAAAAAGAAGACUAAGACGUCGACUUUUAUCAAUUUGUACGCAAAGGUUACCGCGCAGGAUAUCAAGGCGGACAAUGGAUACAUCCAUGUUAUCAAUCAUCCUCUUCUUCCUCCCCCGGCAAUCUUCCAGGAAUUAUUCUUGGCUCAACACCACUUUUCAACCUUUACGUCUGCGCUUCAACGCGUUGGGCUGACUGACGAACUCGACGUCCGCUAUGUCAAGGACGGGGAUGAUGAGCAUGGUCGCCUCGAAGGCUCCACCGCUGUAACCACCUUUGCACCCACCAACGAAGCAUUUGGAAAGCUACCUCCAAGGGCUCUGCUGUACCUCUUUUCGCCAUUCGGUGAACGGGCGCUCAGGAAGCUGCUGGAGUACCAUAUUAUUCCUGGUGUGGUUGCUCAUGCCGACGUUCUCUAUAACCAAACCGCAGAGACUAACCCUGGUGACGACCUUCUCCCUGAUUACGAGGUUCUCCACCCUCCCACUCAUAAGAAAUGGUCUCUGUUCGAGUUUGGAGAGACUCGCCACCCCAUCUCGACCGUCAACAUCACCUUCAACACACGUCUGGUUAACUACACCAUCGACUGGUCGGUCGAGAAGUAUCAGUUCUCGUCUCACGGGAAGGACAUCUAUGAAACCAAAGUCUUUGUCAAUAAACAUCCUGUCCUCAUCCCCGACCUCGUCGCUCUCAACGGAGCUGUGCAUGUCGUCGAUCACGUCUUGUGCCCCUUCCAUCACAAGGAACCUAUCAACAACCCUCCUGACGGAGGGCUCAGCGCUAUCGCGGACCCAUGGGAGGAUUGGGAAGAGUGGUUGCCUCGUUGGGGUGACAGCGCCUAA